AUAUUUAAGUUUUUUUUCAAAAUAGUUAUGAUUUAUUAGGUUAUAAUAUUUUCAGCUUUUAUACUCUUAUCUGCUGCAUAGCUUGGAGCUUUAGUUAAUUGUCCGACAUAAGAUUGCAAUAGUUGCGAUUCCUUUACGGGAUUUUUAUGGCAAAGUGGAGGUAGUGGUUAAUGUUAAAUCGUUGAUUGCUCUUCAGGAAGCUUUCCAAAAUAGAAUUUAAGUGAUUAAUUUUGUGGUUCUUGCUCUUCAAAUGCGCAUUAUGCUAAUCAGAAUGGAACUUAAUGUAUUCAAAUAUAAUAAUCUUGUAGCUCUAAUUCAAAUUUAACAGAUAAUAUAUGCAGUUUAUGCAAUAGUUAAACGCCAUAUGCAAGUAGUGAUUAAACUAAAUGCAUAAAUUCUACAGCUUCUUGUAGUUCUACUUCUGGAUGGACUGAUUCUAAUUGUAUUUUAUGCAAUCCUUAAAAACCUUUUGCUUCACUUAGUGGUUUUAGUUGUGUUGAUUCAAGUAUAUCUUGUAGCUCUUCUUCAGGCUGGAGCGAUGCCGAUUGUGCAAAAUGUAGUCCUUCUUCUCCAUAUAGUAAUCAAUUAAAGACUAAUUGCGUAGCAUCAACUUAAACAUGUAGCUCGGCCUCAAACUGGACUGAUUAUAACUGUAAUCUUUGUAAUCCUUCUAAGCCAUAUGCAGCUACAGAUAAGAACAGCUGUGUUGCUUCUACGAUUUCAUGCAGUUCAGUUAAUGGAUGGAAUGAUAGCAACUGUUAACUAUGUUCUCCAUCAGCACCAUAUUCAAAUAUAUAUUAAACAGGAUGCGUUAAUUCUAGCAUUAAAUGCGUUGGUAGAGAUUCAACAAAAGCUAAUUAAGUAUGGACAGAUAAUGAUUGCGUUUAAUGCUAUGCUGCUGGUUAUAAAGCAAGUAAAGAUGGAUAUUAAUGUGUUGAUUGCAAUGCAACGACUGGUAUGAAUAAUUCUUAAUGUGCUCUUUGUAACGGAACUGGUCAAGGAGCUAAUUAAUAUGCUAAUUCUUAAGGAGUAUGCGUUGCUGUAAAUUGUGAUUAAUAAUCUGGAUGGGUUGAUUCUGACUGUGCUACAUGCAAUUAGGCUACUCCUUUUGCAUCUUAAAAUGGAAGUUCUUGCAAUACAACAACUAAUUCUCAAAUAUUGAUUAUAUUUAUAUUUAUAAAGUUUAUUUUCUUACUAUUGUGA